CAGUGUGUCAAUGGCCGCAGAUGCGUCGGAAAGGAAGGCUCUGAGAUACAAGCAAACCCUGCUCUAUGGGGAAUACCAAGAAAACCAAGGAGGCUCCAGCAGACGGGAGGCCACACGCCUGCUGACAGAGAGACAAAUCAAGAAACAUGGCAACUAUCACCGCAGCCAUGGCAGGACACGACAUGGCCGGCGUAGCCAUGGUCAAAAUGGAUACCACAGUCGACAUCAGCUCGGCUAUCACACUAGACAAAGAAACAGGCGUCAGUCCAACAUGGAGGCAGAGGAUGAUGAGCAAGACGAGCAAAAGGCUGAACCCGACCUCACGUCCUCUUUGAAGAAGAAACGCUCCUUCUCCAAGUGUAGAGACUGCAUAGCACGGGUACAGCGAUUCCUUGUGACUAGGUUGGGAGAAGACUGGAUCUUCCUCGUUUUGCUAGGCAUCACAAUGGCGCUGGUCAGCUGGACAAUGGACUAUGCCAGCUCAAAGAGUCUGCAAGCCUAUAAAUGGAUUUAUGUGGAGCUGAAGGGGAAUAUCCCCCUCCAGUUCCUGGCCUGGGUUUCAUAUCCCCUGAUCUUCAUCUUAUUCUCCUCCCUCUUCUGUCACCUGGUCGCUCCUCAAGCUAUCGGUUCUGGCAUCCCAGAGCUGAAGACCAUCCUGAGAGGUGUGGUGCUAAAGGAAUAUUUAACUCUCAGGACCUUUGUUGCUAAAGUCAUUGGUCUGACUGCUGCCCUGGGCAGCGGGAUGCCUGUAGGCAAAGAGGGCCCGUUUGUUCACAUCGCCAGUAUCUGUGCUGCAGUUCUCAGCAGGUUCAUGUCAUUCUUCUCAGGAGCUUAUACGAAUCCAUACUGUUACACAGACAUCCUGACAGUGGGAUGUGCUGUUGGGGUGGGCUGCUGCUUUGGUACUCCACUUGGAGGCGUGCUCUUCAGUAUAGAGGUAACGUCCACAUACUUUGCUGUGAGAAACUACUGGAGAGGAUACUUUGCUGCUACAUUUAGUGCCUUCAUAUUCAGAGUGUUGUCCGUGUUCAACAAAGACGCAGUAACCAUCACUGCUCUGUUCAGGACAAACUUCCGCAUGGAUUUUCCUUUUGACCUGCAGGAGCUACCAGCUUUCGCCAUCAUUGGGAUCUCCUGUGGGUUCCUGGGGGCGUUCUUCGUCUAUCUCAACAGACAGGUGGUGCUGUUCAUGAGACGACCCAACGCCAUGACCCGCUUCCUGACCAAACACCGGCUGAUCUUUCCUGCUGUGGUAACACUGGUCAUCGCCACCUUGACCUUCCCUCCCGGGUUUGGACAGUUCAUGGCAGGAGAGCUGAUGCCUAGAGAGUGUAUCAACUCCCUGUUUGACAACUUUACUUGGACAAAGAUUUCGAGAUCUUCUCCUCCGGUCGGUCUGGGCCGCUCUGCUGCCUGGCUGCACCCUGAUGUCAGUGUCUUCGUCAUCCUGCCGCUCUUCUUAUUCAUGAAGUUCUGGAUGUCUGCUGUGGCCACCACCAUGCCCAUUCCCUCUGGGGCUUUUAUGCCUGUCUUCAUAUUGGGAGCUGCAUUUGGCAGACUGGUAGGGGAGAUCAUGGCCACCCUGUUUCCUCAUGGGAUCGUGUUUGAUGGCAUCCUUUACCGUAUCAUCCCUGGAGGGUACGCAGUCAUCGGAGCGGCAGCUUUGACUGGGGCUGUGACUCACACGGUGUCCACGGCGGUUAUCUGCUUUGAGCUGACAGGCCAGAUCUCCCACAUCUUGCCCAUGAUGGUGGCAGUAAUCCUGGCCAACAUGGUGGCCCAGGGCCUGCAGCCCUCCCUGUACGACUCCAUCAUCCAGGUCAAGAAGCUGCCGUACCUGCCGGAGCUCGGCUUUGGACACAUGAGCCAGUACAACAUCUUUGUAGAAGACAUCAUGGUGAGAAAGGUGAAGUUUGUGUCGUCUCAGUCCACAUACAGAGAAGUCAAACUCCUACUGGACUCCUCCUCACUCAAUUCAAUCCCGCUGGUCGACUCAAGAGAUUCUAUGAUCCUAUUGGGCAGCAUUGACAGGUUGGAGCUUCUGGCUCUCUGUGAUUGGUGGUUGUCACCAGAAAGAAGACUCCUGAUGCAGGGUCAGAGCCUACAGGAGCAGAACCAGUCUCAGAAACACAGCUGGGAGUCCUUCGCCUUCGUAGAUGAGGAGGAAGAGGAGGACGGAGAGAAGGGUAGCCCGGUGCAGGAGGAGAGGAACGGACCCCUGCCUCCUCCAAAGCCUCAGGAGCCUUCCUCAAACCACACUGCUCCUGUCCCUGAAAAAGGUCCUCUACAGUCUGUGAGUAAAACACUGAGGAAUCUCUUCACCUCUAAGAACGGACAGACAGAGGGACAGUUGCAGGAGCCCUGUCCUCCUCUCCUGUCAGACCCUAUGACCCUCGAGGAGAUCAAAGCGUGGGAAGAGGAGGAGAUGGACAAGCCGAUAGAAAUUGAUGAGAUACGAGUGGAUCCUUCCCCUUUCCAGCUGGUUGAGAGGACAUCAUUGCACAAGACCCACACCUUAUUCUCACUGCUGGGGCUAAGUCAUGCUUAUGUGACCAGUAUCGGCAAACUGGUUGGAGUGGUGGCACUGAAAGAGCUCCAGAAGGCCAUCGAGGGCUCCACGCGCUCCGGUGUCCGGCUCCGUCCUCCGCUCGCCAGCUUCCGUGACAUCAGCAAACACAACUCUGUCCCUAAACCUCAACCGUCUUCUCCCGCUGCUCCUUCCUCUCCAACCUCUCCCUCAGCUCCGACUGCUCCCCAGCCUCCACCCCCCUCUCCCCCUCACCCUCACGAUCAUUGCCACGAGAAUGAAACGGAGGUGUGUAUCGAGGGCGUGACCUUGGAGGUGGAGGAGAGCAGCAGCUACAGUGCAGGAAGCGGCGCUGUUAGCAGCAGCACAGGGGCCAGCAGCUCACCCAGUAGGAGUUGCCGCUACAACAGCGACCUCACCCUCCCUCCCUCCACCACUCCUCCCCCGGUCCCUUCUUCCUCCACUCCUCCUUCUCCACCUUCCUCCUCUGCCCCUGCCUCCACCCUGGUUCCUUUACAGAGACUCCUUGAGGGGGAUGAAGACAGUGAUGAUGAGCCAAUGGUUUAGAUUAGACACGAGUGAUAGUUGUGUUUUUUAUAAUGGAAAACCUUUUUAAGGGUGUGAGGGUUUUUUUCUGUUUCUUAAUGUGUUGCUCUGGUCUUUGGACACCCAUUUACCUCUUUUUGUCACCACUUCGAUAGAGCAAAGAUAUCAAAGCAUAAGCUAAGCAUAAGUUCUCUGUUUUUGAAGACAGUUUAUCGUAACCUUACGACUCUGUCUUUCCUCAAUAAGCUCUGUUGUGUGUUGUUUCGAUGCUUGUCCUGCCUCACUUCAUCAUCAUUUUCUCUUAUCGUCGUUUUUCACAGUUACAGUCUCCACGGUUCAACCAAUAUGAGUUAUAGAGGUGCAGAUAUCGGCUUUUAAAAAGGUUUUAUACCUAAGAAUUGACUGUUUCCUCGUCAACCAAAACUAACUUUGAAAUCCAGACAUAUUAUUUCAUUGUUAGUGGCUCCUGAAGGCACAAUGACCCACCUUUUAUAAGUAUAUAUUACACUAUUUAAAUUAAGUGAAUGAAGAAUUCACUUAAAAAACGUUACCGAGGAGUAAAUGUGUAACGCAUUGUCCCAUUUUGAAUUCCGAUUGAUCGGACACAUUUCUUUGCCCCAGUGCGUUCCAGCACAACGUAUGCUUUAUAUACUGUGUUGAAGAGUGAUCCAAACCUUUGGUGCCGACACCAGAAGUGAACUCUUGUGCAGUCUUUCUGCAUUACCUCAUUGUUUACGUCUUUAAAAAGAGUUGUUAUCGUCUGAUGAGAGCAGGAGCUAUUGAUUUUUUUAAACUGGCAACAGACCAUCUGGAUAGCAGCAGACUAAUGGAGCUGUUCAGUCCGCUGUGGAAGAUUGUCCAAUGCCCCAAGACGACCUCCAAAUUGUGUGCUGACCUUGUGAAUGCAGCCUCGGAGCUCAUCUCAUCACGGUUAAGUUGAUAGAUGGUGCAGCUAAAGGCGGCUGACGACAGACUGCAUACUGUAGGUCCUGGAGAUUUCUUUUCUCCAUUGUCCCCAACAAGGAUGCCUUCCAGAUGUGGCAAAACAAACCAUACAUGACUACUUAAAUUACUUGGGAUUAUGAUUAUAUUCUAGAUAAAGAAAUGCCAACAAAUAUACAACAACAGAAGCUUUUCAUUCCAAAAUGUGAAAUCCACCAUGGUCCAAAGACAGUGACAAUAACAAAGUGAUGGAGGACAUUCGUGACCGUGAAUGACAUUUUGUCAAAUAAAAUCUAUAUGUUAAAUUAAGAUGAAGAUGUAUGUUGACUGAGAGAUAUUUGCCAAUCAAUGCAUUAAUUAGCCUAAUAAAUUACCUCAUUAGAAAAACUAUUUAAAAUAGACCCGUCAUAAUGAUUAUUAAAGAUGAUCAGGCCACGACGGAAAUGCAAUUUGCUAUUUGAACAUUAGCGUGCAAAUGAAAAGUGACACGACGUCCUUUCUCUCUGAUUUUAUACAGUAAAAUAACAGCCAAUAAUUGUCCUUUACAAAUGAGUGAAAGCAGAGAGACUCAACCAUACCCGUGCAUGAACACAUGGAAAACAAACUACGAACUAAAAGAGGCUGAAAGCUGCGUAGAAGUUUAGAGUUGGGGGUUAUUUCUUGUUGAGGUCAGCACAAGUAAACCUUUUAGAUUCAAUGUCUUCAGUCUUUAAUGUCAAAACGAUUACAUAAUGAAACUUAAAAUCCCAAAGUUAUGGCAAAACUUCUGCUAACUAAACUACACUCGACUUCUUAGUGGAACUUUUCUUAACUUCUACAACAUUUAGAGCUCCGCCCCUUUAAACUCACUUACAGCCAAUGACACACAAACAGUGAUUUAAUCUGAAGAGCUGCGCCGUCACUUUAAUAAUUUCAUUCACCUGUUUCUCUUGUGAUGCCGCCUUUUUCUUUUUAUGUAUCCCUCCAUCUCUUAUACUCUUAUUAUCUCCUGGAUACACAGUUUCUCAGGUGCUGCUUUAAAAGUCUUUAAACCUGCAGAUUUAACAAAAAAGCUUUUUCUUUAUGUCUGUGUGAAUUAAAAUGUGUGUGUCCAUUUCUUAAGAGGGCUCUGUACAGGUCUAAGUGUCUGUCUGUGGUUGUGGUUAAUGUUGUUAUUAAUUUAUCCUUUAGUCAAAUGUUAUCUCAAAAUGUAUAAAACUGUGAAUGAUGUAGAGGUAAUAAAGUUUUAUUAAGGGAAAUGCUUGAAUUGUUCACCCUCAUGUGUUUGAC